ACCGCGUCCCCUCGUCACUGCCUGCCCCAAGCUGCUGCCUGUCCUGCACCAUCACCCCUGCCAGGGCAUCCCACCCCCCAGAACCACGAUGGUGAUACCCGCUGGCAAGAGCCCCAUCCUGCUGCUGCUGCUAUGCUGGGUGGCCCCCAGCAAGGAGGAGCCAGCCCCAGUGCAGCUGCGGCUGGUGGGGCCACGGGGGCCAGCUGGGGAGGGUCGUCUGGAGGUGUUGUACCAGGGACAUUGGGGCACCGUCUGCGAUGAUGGCUUCGACUUCCAUGCGGCCACCGUCGCCUGCCGGCAGCUGGGCUACACCGCGGCUGUCACCUGGACACAUAGUGCCACCUACGGCCAAGGGGAAGGCCCCAUCUGGCUGGACAAUGUGCGGUGCGGGGGCAGUGAGGGCUCCCUGGCAGAGUGCAUCCACAAUGGCUGGGGCACCAGCGACUGCCACCACGGCGAGGAUGCCGGUGUGGUGUGCUUGGAACAGCGUCUGCCUGGCAGCCCCCCCCAGGCCACCACCCCUGGUCACCAGGGAGAGGUGCUGGGGCUGAGCCUGGAGGAGGUGCGGCUCAAGCCCAUCCUGGCACGGGCCAAGCUGAGCAUGCCAGUGACAGAGGGUGCUGUGGAGGUGAAGCACAACGGGCGCUGGAGGCAGGUGUGCGAUGCUGGCUGGACCAGGAACAACAGCCGCGUGGUCUGCGGGAUGCUGGGCUUCCCCCAGGAGAAGCACAUCAACACCAGCUUCUACCGAAAGCUCUGGAACAUGAAGCUGAAGGACCCCAACUCCAGCCUGAAGACCCUCAGCCAAAAGAACAGCUUCUGGGUCCACAGGGUGCGGUGCCAGGGCACAGAGCCCCACCUGGCCCGCUGCCCCACACAGGUUGCCCCACUGGCUCCUGGCCAGCACGCCUGCCCCCGUGGCAUGCACGCCAUUGUCAGCUGCCUCCCUGGCCCUGUCUUCCAGAAGAGCACAGGCAAGGGCAGGAGCAAGACCUCCCCAGGGAAGGUGCUCCCAGUGCGGCUGCGAGCAGGCACCCAUGCUGGCGAGGGCCGGGUGGAGGUGCUGCACCACGGGCAGUGGGGCACUGUGUGUGACAAGCAGUGGGACCUGGCCGCGGCCAGCGUGGUGUGCCGGCAGCUGGGCUAUGGGACGGCAAAGCAAGCCCUGGUGGGAGCCCAGAUGGGCCAAGGCCUGGGGCCCAUCCACAUGAGUGCGGUACGGUGCACUGGCCAUGAGCGCUCCCUGGGCGAGUGCCAAUUCCAGGACGCCGAGCGGAGCGGGUGCCGGCACGAGGCUGAUGCCGCCGUACGCUGCCACAUGCCCCACAUGGACUUCCAGAGCCAGGUGCGGCUGGCAGGGGGCCGCAGCCCUGAGGAGGGUGUGGUGGAGGUACUGGUACCAGUGCAGGGCCAGCUACAGUGGGGUGCAGUGUGUGGUGCACAGUGGGGCCUGAACGAGGCCAUGGUCGUCUGCCGGCAGCUGGGGCUGGGCUUUGCCAGCCAUGCCCUCCAGGAGACGUGGUACUGGGCAGGCAACCCUGAUGCUGCCCGGGUGGUGAUGAGUGGGGUGCGCUGCGCCGGCACCGAGCUGGCCCUCCAGCAGUGCCAGCGCCACGGCCCUGUCCACUGCCCCAGUGGUGGGGGACGCUUCUCGGCGGGAGUCACCUGCACUGCCUAUGCCCCAGACCUGGUGAUGAAUGCCCAGCUAGUGCAGGAGACAGCCUACCUGGAGGACCGGCCACUGGAGCUGCUGUACUGCGCCCAUGAGGAGCGCUGCCUCUCCCGCUCCGCUGACGACAUGCAUUGGCCCUAUGGCCACCGCCGCCUCCUCCGCUUCUCCUCCCAGAUCCACAACCUGGGCAGAGCCGAUUUCCGACCCAAGAUGGGGCGCCAUGCCUGGACCUGGCACCAGUGCCACCGGCACUUCCACAGCAUCGAGGUCUUCACCCACUAUGACCUGCUGACACUCAACGGCUCCAAGGUGGCUGAAGGGCACAAGGCCAGCUUUUGCCUGGAGGAUACCAACUGCCCCGAAGGGCUACAGCGACGCUUUGCCUGUGCCAACUUUGGGGAGCAGGGGGUGAGUGUGGGGUGCUGGGACACCUACCGCCAUGACAUCGACUGCCAGUGGAUCGACAUCACUGAUGUGCCGCCGGGCAGCUACACCUUCCAGGUGGUCGUGAACCCCAAGCAUGAGGUGGCCGAGUCAGACUUCUCCAACAACGUGAUGCGAUGCCAGUGCAAAUAUGAUGGGCAGCGCAUCUGGAUGCACAGCUGCCACACAAGUGAUGCCUAUGGCGCUGAUGUGGUGAGCGAUCUGGAGCGACGGGAGCGCCUGGCCAACAACCUUUUGUGACCCCCUGGCACCAGCACACCCCUGGCAACACCACAGGGCAGCCUGCCUCCCACACCCCAGCCCCUGCACCCCGGCAGCACCAGACUGAGCUCAGGGACUCGAAGACUUGUAUUUAUUGACGCUGCUGCAGAGAGUGGAGAUGAGCACUGGGGCCGGCGGGGAGCACCUGGGGGUGUUCAGCCCUGUGCUGCUGGUGGGACCUGCAAGAGGGGAUCCAGGUACUGCAGCAGCCCCCACCUCCGUGGCUCCAGUGCCCCCAGGACAACUACCUCAGCCUGCCUGCCCGGCCCCCCUGCCCCAGCAGGCUCAGGACAGGCCCCAGCCACUGCCACCUGCACACUAGUCCUGUCCUCAAUAAAGGUGCUGUGCUAUGGGAGAGAGGGUACUCCCUUAUCAACCCCACCAGCCCCUGCUCCUUUCCCUGCACUCUUCCACAUCAGGACCUGGCCUGGAACAACCCUUGUCUAGAUGAUGCCCCCGUGGUCAGGCAGUGUCCCCCUGCUGCCACCCAGGGCCACCAACCCUCUAUCUGGCUGCCUGUGACUGGUGCCCAGCAGCUCCAGCUCAUCGCCAGCAUCCCCACUGGCUGGGGAACCCUGGCUCUGAACUGACUGA